UCCUCAUCGACAAACUCCCCUGCGCCGGCCGACAAUGAAGAGUCCGACUUCUUCCUGGGUGCCAACGACUCCCAGUCCUCGCUCGGCGUCCCCAACUUCUCAGACAUGCAGGUCGUCGACGACGCCUGCUGGCCGCCCGUCAACCGGCUGCCCAACGAGAUCCUCAUCGGCGUCUUCUCCAAGCUGAGCUCGACGGCCGACCUAUACCACUGCAUGCUCGUGUCCAAGCGCUGGGCUAGGAACGCUGUCGACUUGCUGUGGCACCGGCCUGCCUGCUCCAACUGGAAGAACCACCACAGCAUCUGCCAGACGCUCGGCCUCGAGCACCCCUACUUCCAGUACCGCGACUUCAUCAAGCGCCUCAACCUCGCCGCCCUCGCCGACAAGGUCAACGAUGGAAGCGUCAUGCCCCUCGCCGUCUGCUCCAGGGUCGAGCGCCUGACGCUGACCAACUGCCGCGGCCUGACCGACACGGGCCUCAUUGCCCUCGUCGAGAACAGCUCGUCUCUGCUGGCCCUGGACAUUUCCAACGACAAGCACAUCACCGAGCGCUCCAUCAACGCCAUCGCCAAGCACUGCAAGCGCCUGCAGGGCCUUAACAUCUCGGGCUGCGAGAACAUUUCUAACGAGAGCAUGCUCACCCUAGCCCAGAACUGUAGAUAUAUCAAGAGGCUCAAACUCAACGAGUGCAUUCAACUGCGCGACAACGCCGUCCUUGCCUUUGCCGAGCACUGCCCCAACAUUCUCGAAAUCGACCUCCAUCAGUGCGUCCAGAUCGGAAACGGCCCCAUCACGUCUCUGCUGGCCAAGGGUAACAGCCUUCGCGAGCUCAGGCUGGCCAACUGCGAGCUGAUCGACGACGACGCCUUCCUCUCCCUGCCGCCGACCCAAGUCUACGAGCACCUGCGGAUACUCGACCUGACGUCCUGCAGCCGGCUGACGGACGCUGCCGUGGCCAAGAUUAUCGAUGCCGCUCCCCGUCUGCGAAAUCUGCUCCUGUCCAAGUGCCGCAACAUCACGGAUGCCGCCAUCCACUCCAUUGCCAAGCUUGGCAAGAACCUGCACUAUGUCCAUCUCGGCCACUGCGGCCAGAUCACCGACGAGGGCGUCAUCCGCCUGGUGCGGAGCUGCAACCGCAUCCGCUACAUUGACCUGGGAUGCUGCACGCUCCUCACGGAUGUGUCCGUCCGAUGCCUCGCUACUCUGCCCAAGCUGAAGCGCAUAGGCUUGGUCAAGUGCAGUAACAUUACCGACGAGUCCGUCUUUGCGCUUGCCGAGGCAGCUUAUCGUCCGCGGGUGAGGAGAGAUGCCAACGGAAUGUUCUUGGGCGGCGAGUACUUUGCUCCCAGCCUGGAGCGUGUUCAUCUCAGCUACUGCAUUAACCUGACGCUCAAGAGCAUCAUGAGGCUCCUCAACUCGUGCCCUCGUCUCACGCAUCUCAGCUUGACUGGCGUGGCGGCGUUCCAACGGGACGAGUUCCAGCCCUUUUGCAGGCAAGCGCCAGCUGCAGAGUUUACGCAGCAUCAGCGGGACGUCUUCUGCGUCUUCUCUGGAAACAUGGUGUCCAAGUUCCGCGACUACCUGAACACGGCGCCA